AUUCCAAUAUAUUGAGAGAGAGAGAGAGAGAGAGAGAGAGAGAGAGAGAGAGAGAGAGUGAGAGAGAGAUCAGAGAGAGGAAGAGGGAAAGGGAUGGGGAGGAGUCCAUGUUGCUCUAAGGUGGGGCUGAAUAGAGGAGCUUGGACUGCCAUGGAGGAUAAGAUUCUCACGGCAUACAUCAAAGCCCAUGGUGAAGGCAACUGGAGGAACCUCCCCAAGAGAGCCGGCCUGAAGAGAUGUGGAAAGAGUUGCAGGCUUAGAUGGCUGAAUUACCUGAGACCAGAUAUAAAGAGGGGCAAUAUCUCCCGCGAUGAAGAAGAACUCAUCUUAAGACUCCACAAGCUUCUUGGUAACAGAUGGUCGUUGAUAGCAGGCCGUCUCCCCGGGCGAACAGACAAUGAAAUCAAGAAUUACUGGAAUACUACCCUUGGGAAGAAGACCAGAUCUCAAGCAACGUCCACUCCCCCACCGAAAGAGACUCAUAAAUUGUCGACAAAAUCAACAGCGAAAGGGCAAGCCCCCGUGUCAAGAACCCCAGUACAGUCAGCUCCGUUGCCGACCACAGUGACCCUUCCCCAGGUGGUACGAGCCAAGCCAAUCCCUCGUGGAUUGAUGGUCCCACCGAUAAUAUCAGAUCAAAUUCAAGCUCAUAGAGAUUCAGAGUUUAUCAGACCAGUUCACAACAGAUCUCACAAUGGGCUCAACGAGGCGUGUGUAGAUGAUCUGUGCUUCCUGAAUGCCGGGCUCAAUGGACUUGUGACUAGGGGAAAGUGCAUCUACGAUGGCGACGUAACCGAACCGAUACCCGUGGAUAAAGCAAUGUUGGAAAAUUGGAAUGCACAUUGUGGUUUAGGUGAAACGGAUACAUUGGAUAUGGAAUCUUUGGCAUUUCUGCUUGACCCGGAGGACUGGUCUUGAAAGAGCACGACUACAUACGUUAUCCCUUAUGAUUGGCGACUUUGGUGGAAUUAUGUUCAUGAGUCCUGAUUAUUGUAACAUUUUCCAUAGUAUACCCCAGGCAAAAGACAAUUUUAACUACAGAGAAUCCAUACUAGGUCUUUGAUCAGUUACUUACUUGUAUAUAAUCGGUAUUAAUAGCAUGACUAUUUUAAUUUCAGGUUCUCUA